UUAGAAUCAUUUAGUCACUUUCAUGAAACUUAUUUAUAUAAUUUGGACAUGACUGACGAAGAAAUUAUAACCAGUGAAAACGAUAAUUAUGAAAUUUGUACCGAUUUUCUGUCAGAAAGUUGCAAUUCUACAUCGGAGGAACCUCUGAGAAUUGCUAACAGUAAUAUAAAUGCAAACAUUUCCGGAGAUUUACUUACAUUAGUGCAAAGACAAGAUUCUGUUAAAAAUGAGCAGUUACAAGACGAACAAUUCACUUCCGAAAAUGCAACUGAUAUGGAUGUCACAAUCAACAACACAAGAAAUUUUACUUCAGCUAAUCCGAUAAUUACAACGGAAGACACACAAAAUACAAAUAACAUUUCCAAUUUAUCACAAUCUAAUAAUGAAUUUGGCGAAGAACGCAUUUAUAACAUUCCAGAAGAUGAUUUUGGAUAUUGGUACGAAGAUCAAGAAAGUACCUUAGAAAGCGACUGUGUACCCUAUCACAAAGUCGAAAGACAUUCUCUGGAAACGUGCGAAGAAAAUCGAGAAACGAAGAGAUCUGACCGUACGUGCACUGCUUGCAUUGAUGCUGAAGCGAAUCAAGUUUUCAUACCGUGCGGUCAUAUCUGUUGUUGUGAAGAAUGUGCUAAUCAUAUUAUGCGCGAGAAUGAUUAUGUUAAAAAAUGUCCGAUUUGCAAAGAAGAAAUUUCAACGGUCUACAAAGUAUAUAUGUCGUAAACAAAUUUACAUCUUAUUCUAAAUAUAUGAACAUUUAGGAUUGCCUAUAACUUUUAAUAUUCAAUCGGAGACAUUUGUCGGCCAUACUUUGAAAGAUUCGUUUUUAAUGUAACGGUAUUAUAUGUAUAUGUUAAGCAUUAUGUACUACGUACAAAAGACUGUAUGCAAGCUAAUCUGAAACUAUUGUUAGUUUUUCACAAUGUUGUAAGGUAGAGUGCAAUCAUACCAAAAUAAUUUUUUCUUAUAAGUGUAUUUUACGUUAAUUAAUAAUAGGAUUUUGUUUUAUGUUUUGUUUUAAACAAGAAAGAACGGGCGUACGUACUGCUUUUCAAAUGUGAGCUAUGUUUAAAAAAAAUAAGUUUUGUUUCAU